AUAUUUAUUUAUUAUUAUUAUAGCUUCUGUUUAUUUCAAAAAUAACAACACACAAAUAUGGCCUUUACAUUGUGGACACUUUUUGAAGCAACACUAUUGUGUUUAAAUGCUGUUUGUGUACUUCAUGAAGAACGUUUUCUCGUUAAAAUUGGAUGGGGUGCUCAACAAAAUAUCCAAGGCUUUGGUGAAACUCCAACAGUCAAAUCACAAUUGAUGCAUCUUGUAAGGUCAAUUAGAACAGUCACAAGAUUUCCAUUGAUAUUUCUAAAUAUUCUCACGAUAUUAAUUAAAUUGGUGCUUGGAUGAUAAUGAUGAUAAUGAUGACACCAACAAGCCAACAAUUAAUCCAAUAAAAACAUCAAUUUUUUUUAAAUAAAAAAUAAUAUCAAAGUCGUUUGUCGUAUGUACAUAAAUCUCAGGAUAAUAUUUUACUAUUUAUAUUAAUUUUAUUUCGUUUUUUUUAAAUAUUUUUUUUCGAGUUAAUAAACAAUCAGUAAAAAACUAU